AUGAGUGGAACAAUCACCACUUUCAUUCUUACCCCCAUCACUGCUGUCUCUCUUUCCUUUCUGUCUGCCCUUGAACACUGUCCUCCUUACAAUACCACACCUGCUAUCUCAGUACCUACAUUUGACAUGCCUUCAAACCCCAAUUCACCAUUCUCUCCUGUCCCUCCAGCCAUUUCACUACCACCUUCAGAUGAUUCAGCUAUUGAUUCUAUUCAGGACAUUAUUCUAGAGCAAUUACUGAAGAACAUUGCCCAGGAGACCAGGAUGGCCUAUGCAAUGGCUGCCUUUGUGCCUUCUUGUUUGUAA